GGACGCUCUCGACAAACUGCAUAUACAACUCAACAUAUAUCAUGUGUCCUAAAACAAUCGUGCCUUGCAAUUUAAAAAUUAAAAUCGUUAGGUAAUUCUUUUAUGAACCUAUCGAUGCGAAAACUUUUCCUAAAAGUGAAUGUUCAUCAGUGGAGUUUCAAAGACUAAUCGAAUUAUAAACUUGAACUGAAAUAUUGCAAACUGUCCUAAAACGACAUAAAUCGCUAUCGGAUUUUUUUUAUCGAAGUGAUUUGACGAACAAAGAAAUGUGUUUACAAAGAAAAGUAACGUAGCAACGGAUGUCAUAUUAAUAUCAGUACAAUUAUGUAACGUCUUUAAUUAAUUCAGCAUGGCGUAUUAUUUAAAAAACAGUUGGCGCAUUCGUUAAGAAAAAUACGAUAUAAUUUAAAUAGUUUAUGUGUGGCCGGCAAACUAAAUGUAGGUUACGAACUACUAUAAUUAAUGAUUCAAUAGUUUAACUAGUUUGUUUUAUGACGGAUUGUGAAAUAAACAUUUAGUAAUACAUAAUAUCACAAAUGAAAUUCGUACUAGUACAUAUUAACAUAAUUAAAUUACUGAUUACGUUAAACAUAUGUAGUAACAUGUUAUUGAAACACAUUAAUACAUGUCAGUUCAAAGUCAGCAUGUUCUUGAAAGAAAUUAAAGAACAACAGAAACGUAAUCAAUUAUAAGAUCCAUUGAAUCUCAUUCGCAUUCCAGGUCCAAUGAUAUGCAUAUUGCCAUAUCGUAAUAAACAAAAGAAUAUCACAUAAAUACUAAACUAAUCUAAACAUAAGCCAUGUUAAUAAUGACAAUGUGUAAUUUAAUAUCACUGAACAUAUGUAAAUAUAGUAGUAAAUGAGGACAAAUAGUGUUAAAGUUAUUGUUAAAAACACGACGAUCAGUUGUGGUCAUGGAAAACGGUGCCUUAAAAUAUGGGAGCAACAACAACAAUAACGAGGUCGUCGAAGAGAAGGUGGUACUGUCUCUGGGCGCGACGGGCGGCCACAAGGGAACCACGCAGCCUUCUCACCCCUGCACUAUUCUCCACCAUUCUCCUUACAAGGCCGCUUGGGAUUGGUUGAUCCUAAUAUUGGUGAUAUACACGGCGAUAUUUACUCCUUACGUGGCCGCCUUUCAACUAAAUGAGCCCGACUUCGACAAACGUUCCCGCAGCUUCGGCGAAGACCCCAUAGUUGUCAUCGACAUGAUCGUGGACGUAACCUUCAUAAUAGACAUCCUGAUAAACUUCCGCACCACGUAUGUUAACGUAGCCGACGAAGUGGAGUCGGACCCUGCUAAGAUCGCCAUGCACUACUUACGAGGCUGGUUCCUUAUCGACCUCGUCGCAGCCAUCCCGUUCGAUCUCCUGCUCUUCGGCACCGACACCGACGAACAGGGGCUGGAAAGUGAUGAGACCACGACCCUCAUCGGUCUGCUGAAGACGGCGCGACUGCUGAGGCUCGUGCGCGUCGCACGCAAAAUUGACAGAUACUCCGAAUACGGCACCGCUGUACUGCUUCUACUUAUGGCCACUUUUGUCCUUAUCGCUCAUUGGUUGGCCUGCUUAUGGUACGCUAUCGGCAGUUGGGAACGGCCUCAGCUUCAUGCGCCCAUAGGAUGGCUGGACGCACUCGCUAACGAUGUCCAAGCUUCCUACGACAACUCCACCGGUCCAUCUAUGAGGUCUAGAUAUAUAACCGCCUUAUAUUUUACGUGCACGUCGCUUACAAGCGUUGGUUUUGGGAAUGUUGCGCCGAACACUGAUAUGGAGAAAGGGUUCACGAUAUUUGUUAUGCUAGUUGGAUCUCUUAUGUAUGCCAGUAUCUUCGGUAAUGUAUCGGCCAUUAUCCAAAGAUUAUAUUCGGGAACGGCUCGUUAUCAUACACAGAUAUUGAGAGUGCGGGAAUUUAUUCGGUUUCACCAGAUAACAAACCCCUUAAGACAAAGACUGGAGGAAUAUUUCCAACACGCUUGGAGUUACACGAACGGAAUCGAUACGUCCAGCUUACUCAAAGGAUUCCCGGAGUGCCUCCAAGCAGACAUCUGUCUUCAUCUCAACAGAAACUUACUCGCUAAUUGCUCAGCUUUUGAUGGUGCUAGUCCAGGUUGCUUAAGAGCCUUAUCGCUGAGGUUCAAGACGACGCACGCGCCGCCCGGCGAGACGCUGGUGCAUCGCGGAGACGUUCUCACCUCCCUCUACUUCAUAUCCAGAGGCUCUAUAGAAAUACUGAAGGAUGAUAUUGUUAUGGCUAUAUUAGGUAAGGAUGACAUAUUCGGCGAGAACCCGUGCAUAUACGGCACGGUGGGGCGCAGCAACUGCCGCGUCCGCGCGCUCACCUACUGCGACCUGCACCGCGUGCACCGCGACGACCUGCUCGACGUGCUCGACUUCUACCCCGAGUUCCGCUCCUCCUUCGUCAAUAACCUCGAAAUUACCUACAACAUGAGAGACGAAGAACUAGGGGGUAUCGAGCCAAAACGUCGCAUGCGCUAUGAGAACCCUUGUGACGCGCGCCUGCUACGAGAGGCCUACGCGCGUACUACGCGACGGCCGCACACUGAAACCUUUGCUGAGAAAGUGGACUCUCAAUGCAGCGACGAUGACACCGAGUCUCCAGCUAGCCGCGGCAUCCUGGAGUUCUCGGCGGACAAGGCUGGCCAGGACGUCACCCCCCUCAACUUCAACUUCAGCAAACAGCGCUCCACCACGCUCAACUCCAUCACCGGCAUGCUAGCGCAACUUAAACGGAGCUUCCCAGACCUCUACCAUCAUAAAACACAUCAGCCACUGCACAACAAGUACUCCCAAUCCACGCCUCAAACGUAUAGAAGUCGUGCGGGGGUACGACGGCAGUCGUCUGUGGGCCCACUGAACGACACAUCGCCGCUGACGGGGUGCGCCACGGCGGGCGAGCCGGCCGUGAGCACGCCGGCCCACAGCGCCACGCUGCCCGUGUCCAGCCUCAGCACCAACCCCAGCUCGUACUACACCAACGCGUCGCCGUCGCCGCCCGCCGCGCCCGCGCACCAGCACGUGUCGUGCGACGACAUCCUGGCGCCCAGCGCGCCCGCCGCCGCGCGCACGCCGUCCUGCCGCUCCGCGCCGCACUCCGCCGUCAACCUGCACCAGCCCGCCUGCUCCGGCCGCCCCGCCGCCCUCGCUCUGUCUCACGACAAGGCACAAAAUGCUGCAACCGCACAGGAUACUAUGUCACCACAGUACCAAAACGUAGGAGCCGCUGCGACGGCAGCUUCGGUGGCGACCGUACUUACAAGACUGGAAGAGUUAAGUCGUCGUGUAGCCGUACUUGAGACCGGACUCACAGCAGACGUGCGUCGUAUCCUGCAAUUACUGCAGGCGCGUGAGGGCACGGCACAUCACAACGCGCAGCCAGCGCACACCCCGUCUACAGUGCUGCCCAAAGCCUCACUCUCGGUGCCUCAGACGAACGAGUGGGAGUGGAACUGGAACGGAGAGCGGGAGCGCGAGCGCGGCGGGCGGUACGGACGCAGCGAGCGCGGCGACCGCACGCCGGGCGUGCAGCGCUCGGCGUCGGAGCCGCACGCGCCGCUGCCGCCGGCCCUGCCGCCGCCGCCGCACUCGCACUCGUUCUACAGGUAG